UGUUAUGUUUUAUUUCAGGGAUAUUUUUAAUGUAAAAGUCGCUUAAUUGAGCUUUCUGAUUUAGCAUAUACAUGGUUUUGACGUCAAAUAAUGCACUAUUAGGCAUCUACAGCAAGAUUGUGUUAAAGGGUUUGGAACGACAUGAGGCUCUCAGUUGCUCAUCUUUGCGGAUGAGGCUCUCCGCCUGCUCCCGCACGGUUUUCUCCGCGUCCUCCAGCCUCUGCUCCAGGUCUGUGACCCGCCUGUGCAGCGCCGCCAGGUGCGCGUUCGCCUCUCUGAUCUGCACCGGCGACGGGGACGACAUGCUCGGGAUGCGGAAGACGAAAGCACCGGUCCGUCUCAGCAGGCGUGAUGCUACAGCAGUGGCGCGCGACUCCAGUCUUCGGGAAAUCUUGGCGUCUGUAAUGCAGCGACAGUCGUCAGUGCGCGUUUACAUGCAGCGCGGAGCCACCAUGGGCGCCAUCUUUGGAAUGGCCACUUGUCUUAGCGCACAGGCCAGAGAAGCACCUGACGACCCAACCAACUAUUUCAUCGGUGGAUGUGCUUCGGGUUUUUUCCUCGGGGCACGAACACACAGUGCUAUCACAGGUACCACAGCGUGUUUUGGUCUGGGAACUUUGGCUAUGUUCACCAAGAGGGGACAAAUGGAAGGCUGGAGACUAACAGGACCCCCAAAACUGUGACCUUAUAUGUCCCCUAGUGCUUGAUGUGUUUAUAUUGUAUAUUGCUCAAAUAAAUGUAUUACGAUUAAAAA